AUGAAGAGAAAGUGCAGCUCCGGGGGGGUCAUUACCAAACACAGGGACCACGGGGGGUCCAGCACCGACGGGACGCUUCAUAGAGAGGUCCUGGAUCAUCAGACCGUCAUCAGACCUAUCAUCAGACAAUCAUCAGACAAUCAUCAGACAAUCAUCAGACCCAUCAUCAGACCCAUCAUCAGACCCAUCAUCAGACCGUCAUCAGACCGUCAUCAGACCUAUCAUCAGACCCAUCAUCAGACCCAUCAUCAGACCCAUCAUCAGACCUAUCAUCAGACCCAUCAUCAGACCGUCAUCAGACCUAUCAUCAGACCCAUCAUCAGACCCAUCAUCAGACCCAUCAUCAGACCCAUCAUCAGACCCAUCAUCAGACCCAUCAUCAGACCCAUCAUCAGACCAUCAUCAGACCAUCAUCAGACCCAUCAUCAGACCCAUCAUCAGACCCAUCAUCAGUCCCAUCAUCAGUCCCAGCAUCAGACCGUCAUCAGACCAAUCAUCAGACCAAUCAUCAGACCUAUCAUCAGACCUAUCAUCAGACCCAUCAUCAGACCCAUCAUCAGACCCAUCAUCAGACCCAUCAUCAGACCCAUCAUCAGACCCAUCAUCAGACCCAUCAUCAGACCCAUCAUCAGACCAUCAUCAGACCCAUCAUCAGACCCAUCAUCAGACCCAUCAUCAGACCCAUCAUCAGACCCAUCAUCAGACCAUCAUCAGACCCAUCAUCAGACCCAUCAUCAGACCCAUCAUCAGACCCAUCAUCAGUCCCAUCAUCAGUCCCAUCAUCAGACCCAUCAUCAGACCCAUCAUCAGACCCAUCAUCAGACCCAUCAUCAGACCAUCAUCAGACCCAUCAUCAGUCCCAUCAUCAGUCCCAGCAUCAGACCCAGCAUCAGACCGUCAUCAGACCAAUCAUCAGACCUAUCAUCAGACCCAUCAUCAGACCCAUCAUCAGACCCAUCAUCAGACCCAUCAUCAGACCCAUCAUCAGACCCAUCAUCAGACCGUCAUCAGACCGUCAUCAGACCUAUCAUCAGACCCAUCAUCAGACCUAUCAUCAGACCCAUCAUCAGACCAUCAUCAGACCCAUCAUCAGACCCAUCAUCAGACCCAUCAUCAGACCGUCAGUCCUUUAAUUUUACCGACAUAUUUGGAAAAUCAGCAAAGAAGUUGAGUCCUCUUCUGCCGGAGUGGCCUGGGCAUCGAUCUCUGCUGGAGUGGCUUAAGCUCCGCAGCUCCAGUCGAUACUUUCACCUUCAGUCAAAUCCCACACAACAGGAACUGAGCAGACCCUGA